GAACUAAUAAAUGCAGAGCACUGUCGGCUUAUAUAAGAUUCUCUCUUCGCUUUCACACUAGCUUUUCGUUGCUUUCUCAUCUCUUAUGGCUUCAGCUUCAACGAAUCAAGCAAGCCUUCUCCUCCAAAAACAGCUCAAAGAUCUUUGUAAAAACCCCGUCGAUGGCUUCUCCGCCGGUUUGGUCGACGAGAGCAAUAUCUUUGAAUGGAGUGUCACCAUUAUUGGACCUCCCGAUACUCUGUAUGAUGGGGGAUUUUUCAAUGCCAUCAUGAGCUUUCCACCCAAUUAUCCGAACAGUCCUCCAACAGUGAAGUUUACUUCAGAAGUGUGGCAUCCCAAUGUUUAUCCAGAUGGACGAGUAUGCAUAUCAAUUCUCCAUCCUCCUGGUGAGGACCCAAAUGGAUAUGAGCUUGCAAGUGAGCGCUGGAUGCCAAUCCAUACGGUUGAAAGUAUAGUUUUGAGUGUCAUAUCGAUGCUUUCCAGCCCUAAUGAUGAAUCACCUGCAAACAUUGAAGCUGCAAAGGAAUGGAGUUGUAGCUUGAGAAAAUGAAAACUUUAGUUCCUAGGUCUUACUCCUUGGUUUCAAACUGCCUCUUUCAGUGUUGCACUUGGACAUGGGUCCUUGUUUAGAUCUCUUUGUGGAAAGUAUGCAUUGAUAAUGAGCUUCUUUCCUCACCAUGUGCUUAACUGGAAAUGCUUCAUUGCUGAUGGUUUGAUCCUAAGCAGUUCUCUUGCUGUCUAUGGAAUUAUUUUUAGGUGGUUCUUGUCCCAAGGUCUUCUCAGAAACUUUUUUGUCCCAGGUUGGUCUUGUCUGGCAAAGCUUGUCAUGAUUUUUCCACAUUAGGGUGCAGUAUCACUUUGGAUAACUAUUGGGAGCAAAAUUUUAUUUGAAAGUACUCUUGAGGUUUUACUUUAACAAAUGCUUUCAAAGUAACGUCAUAGUAAUACCUCCUUAAGAUCCUCCUCCAACCUGAAUACUUGUUUUCUGGAACUAAGAACUCUUCAAAGCUGGUUCUUUUAUAAUGACUUGAAAAUUUCUGAAGAGCUGAAAAGUUUUCUUCAAAUCUAUCACUUGACUCGGCAUCUUUUGACAUUCAACCUCAAACAUAUAAUUGUUGAACCUUUUGACCAAGUCCAUGAUGUUCUUGCUGUUAAGUUCUCUUAGGUUGAAGGGAAUGUCGAUCCCUUUAAUUUGUUGAGCUGAAUACUUAUACUGGGAGAUAAGAAGUGUGUAACUUUUUGAAGCAACGAAUGCAGUUUUGGGCCAGAUGAUGGAAUCAAACUAGCGAAUAUCUCUGUUGCUAGAGGGCGGAUAUGCUAUAAAUGAUAGAAAAUCAUAUUCAUGCCUAAUGGCAAUUAAUUGAUUGCAAUGCAUCAGGCGGUCCAUCAAAUCUCCUAUUCCAUUGCGUAAGUUGAACUUUCACAUAGAGAAAUACUAGGUGCCCUAUCCAUAACAUUUUGUCAGUAAAAGAACUGAAGGUAAUCCCCUGGAUGACCAUUUGUACCACCUAUGGUAUUUCUUCCUUCCAAGCAUCUGUUCAGGCACUAAGCUGUUUCACCUUUUUAGUUAGUGGUGUUCUCCGGUUCCAAGUCUGAUUUCUGCUAUGCAUGGUGAUUACCAUGCUGA